UGUAACUAUGUGGCAACACAUUUUUUAUAUCUGCUGAAAAUCGAAGCUAUCUAAAACAGAAUAAUCGCUGUAUGAUUUCAACAAUGUUAGAUCGCUCCAGUUUACCCAAAUUUUUCUUCUUAAUUAUUUGCUAUUGGAUAUUGAAUCUAGUUAUGUUUAAAGGUCUUUUGCUACUUCUUCUUUGUUGGACGUGAAGGACGGCGGGUCCUUCGGAAUUAUUGGGCCACGAACUUUAUUAAGGUGUCGAUGGCCCGUUCUAGAGCUCCGUCAUCUUGUUUUGGAGCUAAGAAGCAACGUCUGGAUGAAGAGACAAGCUCACGCUCAUGCGUUCCACGGAAUGGGCUAAGUGCACCUGGAGUUGUUAGGCGUGAAAUGUGUUAUUUCUGUUUUGAUGUCCUUCACAGUCACUUGCACAAUACUGAACCUCCUUCCGCCCCUAAAACGUUUCCGAAUAGUUCAUACCCAUUAUUUGUUACAUGGACUUACGGAAAAGAUGAAAAGCUUCGUGGAUGUAUAGGUACAUUUACUGCCAUGAAUAUACACAGUGGUCUCCGUGAAUAUGCUAUUAACAGUGCCAUGAAAGACAGUCGUUUCUCUCCAAUAACCGAAGAGGAGUUCCCUCAUUUAACAUGUUCAGUCUCCUUGCUUUUACACUUUGAGGAGGGGAAAAACUACCAGGAUUGGCAGAUUGGUGUUCAUGGAAUUCGAAUUGAAUUUGUCAAUGAAAAAGGUUACCAUCGUACUGCUACAUAUUUGCCAGAAGUUGCAUACAAACAAGGUUGGAACCAUUGUGAAACUAUUGAUUCACUUCUACGAAAAGGUGGUUACCGUGGUACAAUCAAUGAUGCACUUCGACAGUCGAUUAGGCUCACUCGAUAUCGCAGUGAAAAGUUCAGUGUGCAUGCAACAGAGUAUCUACGUGCUCGACAGAAUGGAUAUCGUGUAUAA